AUGGAAGAGGAGACUUAUGGCACCCCUAAUGCACCUAAAGAUGGCCAACUACUAAAGUUCACCUUCAAUGAUGACAAGGAGCAGAUAAUCUCACAUCUGUCCAUCAUGAUUGAGUGUGUUAGUGUACUCUACCAAGGAAUGCAUGACCUUGGACCUUUCACCAACUGUUCCAAGCUUGGAAAGCAAAUGCAUGCUAGAGUAAACCUUUUCAUUGCCAACAAAGAGUGGAAUGCUGCUUGCAUCCUUGACCUCAAGAUCAAAGGUUCAGUCAAAGUCAUCCAAAAUACUGAGCAAUUUGACCACCUGGUUAAGAGGGAAGCCCUGGUGUCAGCUAGAAGUGACACUCCCACCCUCAACUUAAAUGUCACCAAUGUCACCAGCUGUCAUUUGAUUGGUUGUGAAGCUAUGCCAGGCCCUACCCCUGAGCUCAGCACACUCAUGAAUUACCACCUAAAGGUGCUUUUGGGCCUGAAUGACAAAAUGAAAUGGGAUGAGCAAGACCUUCUUGACCCAAGGUUGGUCUCUGUGCAUGCUUGGCAAUGCAAGAUGUUCACCAUGCUUUUGGUUGUUCCUUUUGCACAAAAUGUUCUCAACUGA